AUGGACCCUCCUCCUCACCCGUUGGUCAAACAGGCACCCAGGGCAAAGUCAGAAGACCUGGGGUCAGAAUCUCCAGAUGCUCCAAAGCCUAGACCCCAAGUGUCUCCCUCAAGUGAGAACCUUACAGACUCAACAAACAAAAUGGCAGAAGUGGUUCCUAAAAUGGAGCAGGAGGCACUUUCUGGGGUAAAUCAGGUGCCUAGUAGUAGAAUUCAUGUGGGUGAUAGUGAAUUGAAACGAGACCUUAAAAUGAUAGAUGACAAUCACUGUGAGAAGGAGGAAGAUGCCGCUGCUUUUCGGUCGCCUCUUGCCUGCACUGGCCAAGCCUCACCUGCAGAGGGCGCUCCAGAGACCCAGCCACGUGCAUUGGAGGAGGAAGAAGAAGAAGAGGAGACCAUUGACUGUAUCAGUGAUGGUAAGGUGGAGGUGAUCUCUAACUCUGUAGAGGAGGAAAUGUCAUCAUCUGACAGCCAGGGUAGCCAGGAGUGGCCUUCGAGAUCUCACCUUGAUGACGUUGUGGAGGAAGACAAAGAAGAAGAAGAUGGUGCCAAGGAAGACAAAGUAGAGGAGUUUCAGUCUGUUGAGAUGAUGGAAAAUGGCGCUGUGCGGUUGGAGUUGAAUCCAGCUAGUAGUGAAUUUGAGCAGAGGCUGUCAGAGACGCCACCUAGUAGACCUGGCUCAGCCCCGGGGUGUAGUUACACCAGACAAACAGCAGGGGAGCAGUUGUUACGAAAUGUCACUGCUGCUCUGACGCAUCAUAGUAACCAGGAAGUGGCAGCACAACAGGUGUUCAAGGGAGCAACUCUGGCUCCGCCCCUGGCGACAGUCGCCAAGGAGCCAGCUAAUCAGGUCAAGGCAGAUCUCCUUGGCUCUGGCUGUGUUGUAGUGAAAGAGCAGGCGGGUGGAGAGAGAAAGGUGGGAAAGAGGGAGGGAGACAACAGGCAAACAGGUGAAGAGAGAGGGCAGAGAGCGAGUGGACUUGGCACAGCGGGCGAGGCAGACAGGAAGAAAAAAGAGAAACGGAGCGAAGAAAAGAGGACAAACUCUGGGUUGUUGAUGUCGAGAGACAGUCACAGCAAAGCUUCAAAGAUGAAGUUGGGAAACAACUUGUUCGAUGACAACCAGAGUGACAGCGGCGUAUCUGCCGACUUCUCCCCUGGUAGUACUGUGGAGCUCCAAACCACCACCUCCACCCCCACCCUCACCUCGCCUCCGGCCGACGAGACCCCCAUCGAGAGGGAGAUCCGUCGGGCAGUGCAACGUGAGCAGUCCCUCAGGAGAUCCAGGGGCCUCCACAACAAUCCUCCCACCCAGGAAUAUGUGGACAUCCCCCUAAGGAAGUCAAUCUUGACUGAGACCCUUCCUUCCAAGUCGGACAAGAGCCAGGGGGGGAAGGACCGUCUGUUUGCGGGGAAGAAGAUGCAGAAGGAGAUCAGUGUAGAGACCCAGAGGGAACAGGUCCUGGUUCGACUAGGGAAAGUUAGAGGUUCCUAUGACAAGGGGACAGUACGCCAGCUCAAGGAAAGGAAGAAGUUAUUCGAAGCUUUCCAGGAGCCCAAGGAGACAUCCUCGAUGAUACUGUCCCAGAGCAAGGCACCCUCCUGGGCUUCGGCGAGUGACCUCUCCACCCUGGAGAUCCAGGGGAAUGACGCUUCAUCCGUGUCCUUUGUCGGAGGCUCGUUCGGGGAGAGAAGACGUAGUAGCCUGGAGCUGAUGUCCCAGACCCAGAACCAGAGCCCCUCCGGAACACCUAAAGGCAUCACCUACACCCCUCAUGGGGCCCCUGUCCCCCGGGGCCCCACUCUCUCCGAGAGCGCCGGGGGCCAGAUAAUCAUCCUGGAUAACCACCACCACCUGGUUCUCCCCGCUCCGGCCCACGUCCACCACGUCUCCAAGCCCCUCAGGCACUCCCACAGUACGGGCACGCUCACCGAGACACAGGGCCUCACCGUGGUCGACUCCGCUUCUAUAUACUCCUCAACCAGUGCACUCAGCGGAGAAGAGAGAAGGGGUUUUUGGAGGGAUGAGGAUGGAGGGAGGAUGGAUCAGGAGGAGGAGGAGGAGGAAGAGGAGGUUCCAAAGGAGAACCCCUUCUUCAAGCUGCGCUCCUCAUCGGUGUCUCAGGACAAGGUGGAGCAGGAUAUCCGGGAAGCCAGGGAGAGAGAGAAGGAGCUGCGGAGGCAGAGGAGCAGUCUGUACGGGGAAGGAGGAGGAGGAGGGGGGAGGCCAGCCAGUAGGGAGGUACAGAGUCCCACUUCUCCUCCUCCACCUCUACUACUACAGAACGGACUGGUGACCCCUGAACUAUCUGUUACCCCCUCAUCGCGGACAGCCUCUGCAACACCAACAGCACGACAGUCUCUUGGGAAGCUGGGCAUGUGGCCUCCACCACAGACAGAUGAGUAUCCGGAUAGUCAAUCAGAGGGCCUCCAGAGCCCACGGACCCCCAGACAGAAGACUCCUCUCCUGCAGCGCUGGGAGUCCGGCCAGGCCAUGAACGGCCAUGGAGGGGAGGAGGAGGACUAAGACAGGCCUCGUGUCAGUUUGUCCUUUUAGAGCAUUAUGAACAAGAUUACAUAGACAAUGGGGGACGUGACCCUAGAUCAGUACUCCUAUUAUGAGACGGUCUGUGAAUACAGGCCCGGAUCUACUGCUGAAAGCUCAGGGGAAGGACGGGAAGAAACCAGAUCAUUGGAAUGAAGAAUUGGAAACAGACAACCAGGGAAGUAGAAUAUCUGAAAAUGACCUGGAGAAACAGAGGUUUUGGGAGUUGGAUCUCUGGACUGUUGGAACCAAUUUAAUGUCAUAUCAGAACUUUGGAACUGAACUGUAAAUUGGAGCUUUGGAAUGUAGUGGGGGGGAUUGGAACCAAUGGAUGGUCAUUGGAAGAUGUUUUUACCGGAAGAGACUGGCUGAGUCUCUACAGUACGGUUUUUGUGAGGGUUGAAGGACGUUGAAAUGGGUUGCGUUGUAUUGUUUCUGAAGCACAUGUCUCAGCAUGGAUUUAUAUGCAUAUGUAUAUAAUUCACAUUUUGUGACAAAUCAAUUUUGGGAGAAUAUUUCCUUUCCCGUAGUUUCUAUUUACUAUAGAGAAGCCGUUUCUACCGAAUGUAAGUUGGCAUUAUGGUAUAAUUAUGUGUAUAUAAUAAGUGAUUAACAAAUGUAACCUACAUUCAGUCCUCUACCACAAAUCAAGUCAGUCAACAUAGUAAAUACUGCUAAAUCUAAUGUAUGAUACCAUUCUAGUAUAGUCAUUCAUCAGAGAUGAUGUUUUUAUGCAAGAUGAUUUUUGGCACGAACAGUAUGUCUCCGAUUUCCAUAAAGUAGUCAAGAUGAACAAAUGCAGACAUGUAAACCCAAUGUCUUUCUGCGUCCAUGUUUGUGUCUGAUCGCUACUGAAACACACCUUCAAGGGAGAAGGAUUAGAUACACACACAGUAGUGGUGAUGUGAGGAGCUGUUGUAUCAGCAGGGUGGAUCCCCCACUGUCACAGGAUAACUCGCCAGCCUUGCCCACUUUUUACUGCCUUUGGGCUGGGCCGACACAGGCCUACGGCGUCCAAAUGUCAUACACUCAAUCAAUGAAUGACAGCUUAGUGACAAUGACAUCAAUGGUGUGACUUAGUAGAGUUCUGUUUCAAGUUAAAACGCCUAACAUGUACCUUGCCCUUUUUGGGUGGUUGUGUCGAACAAUGAUUGAGCUAAACGCGCGCUGGAAGUUGCGACUGGCAAACUUGAAGGAAAAUUCUGUGCAACUUCCAGCGAGCCUUUAGUGGGAACACUGAGGCUGUACCCGCUAUAAGUUACAGUUUUAACAGUGGCCAAGUAUGGGGUAUUGUGUGGGGUAUUGUAUGGGGUAUUGUGUGUAGAUUGAUGAGGAUUUUUAUUUAUUUAUAAUCCAUUUUAGAACAAGGCUGUAAUGUAACAAGAUGUGGAAAAAGAGAAGGGGUCUGAAUACUUCCCGAAUGCACUGUACUUCUUCUGUGCUCUGUGCCGUAGAGUUGUGCCUCAAGGAUGCGUUUUAGGUCCCCUGUUGUUUGUCUGUAGUUCAACUAAAUUGGGAGAAAUAUUGAGGCAGCUGAUGUAUGUUUUUAUGCAGAUGACACUGUUCCUUUGUCAAGUGGCAGCAGUUU